UUGUUCUAUUAAUUAGCUUCAUCAUUAAUUGUUUAGCAUAGUUUAAAGUAGAGAUGUCAAGUCCUCAGUGUUUUGAGAAUCCACCAAACCUGAACUCAGGUGUCCAUGGCUCAGGGAACAUCCAAGAACUUGGUGGUGUUAAAUCCUAUGUCACUGGUCCCCAUGAUUCCAAGUUGGCACUUAUACUAAUCUCUGAUGUAUUUGGUUGUUGUUCCUGAUCUUCUGUAUGGAGACUACUUUGAUCUUGAAAAUCCUCAAUUCGACCGAGCUGCAUGGCUACGAGCUCAUGGGACGGAUAAGGGAUGUGAAGAUGCUAAACCUUUAUUUUCUGCUCUAAAGAGUAAAGGUGUUACAGCCAUAGGAGCUGCAGGCUUCUGCUGGGGAGGGGUGGUGGUUGUGAAAUUGGCAAAUUCCAGUGACAUUGACAUGAAGGCUGCAGUUAUUUUGCAUCCUGGUCCAAUCCCAGAUGAUGAAUACAGUGAGAUCAAGGUUCCUGUAGCUCUAUUGAUGGCUGAAAAUGACAAUUGUUAUACACCAGAGAAAGCAAAGCAAAUUGGCGAGAUGUUGUCUGCAAAACCAGAGUUAGAGAGCUUUGUGAAGAUAUACCCGGGUGUGUCUCAUGGAUGGACAGUGAAGUACAAAGUUGAUGAUGAAGGAGCUGUGAAGAGUGCUGAAGAGGCACACCAUGACAUGUUGAAUUGGUUUAUCCACCAUGUCAAGUGAAGAUAUUAAAACAAGAAAUCAAUUGGGAUUGAGGAGAGAGUCUUGGAUUUUUCUACUUAGAGUGGUGAUCAAUCAUUAGAAUAAAGAAUAAUGCUCUGGGAUUAGCUUUAUAAUAUGUUACUAUUGUAUAUGUAAUUUCUUGAACAAAAUAAUUUUCAACAGAAGAAUGUUUGCUACCAAA